GUGUCAAAGCGCCUCUGGGCUGCUGACGCGUUCAUAAUAUCCAGUCGCUUAUGUUAUAGAGCAGGAUAUGUCGCUAAAGAGCGAGAUUCAGGCAUAGCUGACGACAACCUCGCCUGUUCGAGAGAAUAAAUAGGUUGUUUAUGAAGUGCAGAGGUUGAAAAGAAUCGCGGCUUGUGUCAAGUGAACGAGUCUUGUGUUGUGUAAGCAUGUGCUGCAUGUGAAGAAGACAGGAGCGCGAGCAUGGGACACCAGCAGUCCACUUACUGCGAGGAAUCGUCUUGGGAGAUGACAGAUGGAGACAUCAGGAGGAUCGGAGCCUGCCAGCCUGCAUCCUAAAUACGCCAUGGAGGAGGAGUUCAGCUUCAGCUCACUAGAGAAGCUGGCAGCCGAGCCAGACUAUACGGAUGUAACGCUGCCAGCAGUGGAGCGUGUGCGAGCGCUCAGUAAGAUGGGCUACAACAUUGAGAUCAGUGAGGACAUUGCGCCACGCCGCUACUUCCGCUCAGGGGUAGAGAUGGAGCGCAUGGCUGCUGUCUACCUGGAGGAGGGCAGUCUAGAAAACGCUUUCGUUCUCUACAACAAGUUUAUCACUUUAUUUGUGGAGAAACUCCCCAGUCAUCGAGACUAUCAGCAGUGCAACGUCCCCGAGAAACAAGUCAUAAUGAAGAAAUUGCAAGAAGUGGCUUUUCCACGCAAGGAUCAACUAAAGAAACUCCUUCAUGAAAAAUACAGCAAAGAGUACAGUGAAUAUAUGAAGAGGCAGAGCCAGGCUGUGCUUCCUGUAGCUGUGUGUGGAGAUCAGUUACAGAGGCUCUCUUUGCUGGAGGAAGAGAAACAGCGUGUGGCACAGUUGAAAAAGAUGCAGCUGGAGUCAGAGCAGUUCCGCUUCUUCGAGGAGCAGCUGCGGCGUCAGGAGCAGGCCAACCGUAAACAGGAUGCCUGCCAUAAAGAACUUGAACAAACGGAUGGCUCGUGCCUAUCACAGACUCCAAAAUACCACACAAACCUCGACCCCAACCGCAACAAACAAGCCGCACCUCUCCCCAAACCUGCGGCCACGUUAGCUGCCGUGCAGAAUCAGCAAGUGGAAGGCCUGAGGCGGGUUCUAAUUCCUAGAGACCUGACAUACAGGUUCCUGCUGUUGGCCGACCGUAACACAGCCAGAGGCAUUGAGACGUGUGGCGUGCUUUGUGGAAAAUUGACUCACAACGAGUUUGUGCUCACCCAUGUGAUCGUGCCCAAACAGUCAUCCGGGCCAGACUACUGUGACAUGGAGAAUGUGGAGGAGCUGUUCAGUUAUCAGGACCAUCAUAACCUCCUGACCCUCGGCUGGAUUCAUACACAUCCCACACAGACAGCUUUUCUCUCUAGUGUGGAUCUUCACACACACAGCUCCUAUCAGCUGAUGCUGCCCGAGGCCAUUGCCAUUGUCUGCUCACCCAAGCAUAACGAUACCGGUGUGUUCCGCCUCACCACCGCUGGCAUGAGCGAGGUGGCUGGCUGCAGACUGAAAGGCUUUCACCCGCACAGGAAAGAUCCUCCCCUCUUCACCAUCUGCAAGCAUGUGGUUGUGAAGGACGCCAAAACAUCAGUGCUGGACCUCAGGUAACAGAUGAAGGAAGGACGUGCUUCAGUAGAAGCUACAGGCCCAGGAGUUUUAUUUUUUAUCUUCGGCUGCUUGACGGCUUUUUUGUAUUUAUUUAUUUCUUAAACAAAAAAGUACUGUGAAGUGGAUUCUGUGUUGCACAGGUUGCUGUUGGCUUCUUGUAAUGAAGCUGUAAAGCUUUUAAGUGUCAUUUUUUUUCCCCUCCCUCUGUCUCUGUUUUGUUAUGGAAUUUUUUAACAGCUUGCUUUAGCAUUUGUGCCUGUUCCGAAGCAAUCUUUUUGGACAGUUUUGUGAUCUGAUCUGACUGCUAGUCAGGUUCAAUAUUACAGUGUGUCCUGAAGGUGGCAUCUUUUAGCUAUUAAUGCCACAACCAAAAUGUGAACUUUUUACCAGGAUGCAAAGUUAUUUUUAGACAGAUGCCUUAUGUAAAAUGAUGUGAUUAGAUUAUUAUUAUUUUUUUUAAUUAUUAUUAUCUCUUGCUAAUUACUCAGAUACCUUUUGCCCAGUAUGUUUUUGCAACGUUUGUAUCAUGUCAUUUAUGCUGAAUCGAAUUGUUGCAGAUAUAAUGUUUAGUCAAGGGACCUCAAAAUCUAAUCAGUAUGUAUUUUGUAGUAUAGAGCUAAAAGCGGCCAUUUCCGGCUAGAGAGCUUCAAGUCAGCAAAGGUGAUGUUUGACUUGAAGAAGUGGCAGGUUAUUGGUUACUGACGCAAUUUUAUAAUGUUGACCUAUUUGACGUUAGUCUUGGUGCUCAGCAGUUCCAAUAAACAGUAACGCUGAAGAGCAUAAAUAGACCCCCAGUCCCCCAGUUUUGCCUCACUUUCUCCUUAACCAAAGGACCUACAGUAAAAAAAUAAGCAAAGAAGCCUAUUACGCCUUAUUAGAGGAGCUACUGCCAUGGAACUAGAGGCUUGAUAGAACCAGUGAUCUCAGGUAUCAUCCUCUCAUGCUAACAUGCUAACUUAAAUCAAACAGUGGCUCCUCUUCCGUUUUUUUGACUUUCCAUUCCAUUGUGGUACAACAGAAAAUAACUUUCCAAGUUUCAAUUUCCUCUUUGAUGGUGAUUGAUUCAGCAUAUUGUGGAUUUUGUGUGUGCUAUGGCAUUGUAUUUUUUUUCCCUUUUUUUUUUUUUUUUUAAUUUUUGGGGCUUUGUUUGGGGUUUCGUAGUUUCUCUGAAACCUUUAGUGCUGUUUUAAUCUGCAACAGGAACUUGUAGGCAAUAUGAUGCAGUGACUGUACAAUGUUUUCCCCCUACUGCCUUUUUUUUUUUUUUUAAAUAAAAGAUUAUAAUAAGUAUGAGGGCAUGGAAUAAUUUUUCAAUCAUGCUAAUGUCAUUUUUAACAAGACUUAAUGAAAUGAUUUAGAACAAAGGCAGAGAUCUGAAAUCCGGUACAUGAUAGAAAAUUUUUUCAAAUGAUUAAAAACUUGCUUGUGGUUUUAAUGAAGGUGCUGCCAACCUGCUCACGACCUAAAUAAUGUGUAACCCUGUUGGAAUUUGUGUGGGCUGUUUUUGUGUGGGCUGGUAUUUAAGUGGGCAACAAAGGAAAUGAAUAAUCGACUUUUAGGUUAGAUGGCUUAUUUGUAUAUCAUUAGUUUCACUUCUUCAGAAAUGAGAAUCAUCUUGCCUUGAACUGGUGUCAAAUAAUACAUUAAACCAACUUUCUCAUGUUGAAAAUGGAAUCAUGCUCAGAAAAAAAAUGACAUUAAAUACAGUUUUGGUAUGCAGAGCUUUAUUUAUUCCUGGGGUUAUUGUAUAGAUAUCCAUACAAACUGUCUCAAAGCCCACAGCAGAGAGAAAACACAUGCAAGGGGAAUCUUAAAACACAAGAGGGAGUAUGUGAGCUCUGUUCCUCUCUAAACCAUUACAAAACACCUUGCGUUUAUUUCUCUCUCCCUCCAUCUGGAGUCUCACUAAACCCCAGGAAUCUUCCAAAUCUGUUCACUUUGGCAGCUUUGCUCAUCCAAUGUAACAAAAACAAUCAAUGACGAGAAAAAAAAAAUCCAAACAUUCACGCAAGUGUGGGCAGUGCAAAGACAAAACAGGAGAGAAACCAGAGGAUACAUUCACAGUUUACAGGCUAGGAAGCAA